CAUCCAAACUGCAGCAUCUCAACACCCUUCUUCCCCUCAAGGUCACUUUCAAAAUCUCAGCUUUCCCCCCUCCCCACCACGCUCUUCCUGCUUUGCCGCUGGUCCUCUUCUGGUGGGAAGUGCUUUCGAUGUUUGAGUUCACUGUAAACCAAAAAACGUGAUUCCAUCAAGUACACAUCAACAUUUCCAAACUACGAAGCUUCCUGAGCACGUCUGUUGGGGGUCGAAUUCGUAAAUCAAGUCUGUCCCUUCCUGCGUCACACCAUAACCACUAAAUCUUAAAGCACCAUGUGGGGUAGUGAAAAUGCAGGGUACCUGCAGACCUGGGGUCACUGCACAAUACUCUGCAGAAGCUCAGACUCUUCCCUCAAGAGCCAUGUGAAUCAGAGACGGGACAGGGUGGUGGUUUCUAGGAUGAGCCCCUCCCGGUCACAGGGCACACCCUCCAGCCCGCAGCCAUAGACAGCAGGCCAGCUGCUUCCAAAGGGCCCCUCGUAAGUAGUGAGGAGCAGCCCCUCAGGAGGAAUGGACUGGAGUAACUGCGCGGCCCCCUGCAGGACGGCCCCCCACUCCUCUGCAGACAGCAUGCUGUGUGUGGAGAGGGGCCAUCGGUGCAGCACAGCUCAACCAUCCGCCUCCUCUUCGGUUUCGAACAGCCUGGCAGAACUCUUGUGUCGCUGGCCAGAGCUCAGCAGUUUGAGGCGGUGCAGGGACCCAGGGGACCCUUAACAGAGUCAGCAGAAGGUUUUAUUCCUCGGGGAUACGUCUGUGAAUCAGAAGGCCGCAGGGAACAAGUACAAGCCUUGUGCUUCGUGAACUGGGAUUUCUUGUUCUGUGUCAUCUUUAGAAGCUGACGGCUUCAAAUACACGGGCCACUGAGCCCUAGUUAUACUCCUGGCAUUGGCCUCGGUUGUCUUCUCCGGGUCUUCACACACGUCUGGUGUCACCUUUCUCCCCGUAUAAUGCAGCCAACUCCUGACCAUGCCUCAGACUCGGCCCCCAUGUCUUCCUGCAUGAGAUAACCUAGAGUACUCUUCUUGUUCUCUGCUCUCAAAGCUCUCUGCUCUUACCACAGUUGUCACAUGUUAUACUCUUAAUGAACCAGGGAUUGUACACCCAGGUAAAGUCAGUAAGGGCGUGUGAGGCGACAGCGCUGGAGACGGUGGACACGAUAUGACCAGCUCGCUUCCUCUUUGGUUCCACGCAGAGUGGCCCUGUGUUCUGAGAUCUUCCAUAUUUUCUAAAGGAGUCAGACAUCUUGGUUUUUAACAUGAAGUUCCCCCUCGCCAACAAUUAAAUAGUGUAAAUAGUUAUUUUUAGAAAUGUAGACCAAGGAAAACAUCACUGGCUCCUAAUUUGUCGCCUCUAGUUUUACCUCUUUCCCACUCGGUUCUCGGCCCCACAGGGGCACAUGCUACGUCUGCUCUGCUCGCCAUGCCUUGGGGAUUCAGCAAACGAAACGCAGCUAAAUGAAGACGUCUGCCGAUGAGUGCCAGGGGCGGACAGACGAGCGAGGACACAGCAUUCCAUCAUCGCCUCCACUCUCCCAUUGCCCGCCGGAAAUGUCUCCAGGUCCCUUUACAUCCUACUCCUGGGCGGCCACCCUGGGCUCAUUAUCCCCUACCCUGCUGGCAUCACAAUGACCAGACCUUCUGGCUUGGGGCCUCUGUGACAUCACCGAUGGCCCGGCCCUAAGUACCCAGUAUCCAGGUACGAGGCAAACAGACCCACCAUGAGCAACUUCCUCUCCCGUCGCUGCUCACCAUGCUGACGCCGAAAUGGUUUUUGUUCCUGCUUCUGUGCCUCUCUUGCGGCUAUGCCCUCAUGUUUUCUUCUCUGAGGGACAAAGGCAAAGACCCCCAGGGAAAUGUGCCUUGCGGAGGGCACUUUCGGAGUAGGCAGAACCUACCGGAGCAUGGCCACGGCUGGCUUGGGAGCAAGUGGCUCUGGGUGGUUUUUGUUUUUAUGGUUUACGUGAUACUAAAGUUUCGGGGAGAUAGUGAGAAGAGUAAGCAGAACCCUCCUCCUGGCCUUCGAAGCUGUUCAUUUUGCCCUCCCCUAAAGAAAAAUCAGAAUGCUUCCUCCAACAAAGACAAUACAUUCAACACCCUAACCCAACUCGAGAUGGACCUGGUGAAAUUUGUGUCCAAGGUGCGGAAUCUGAAAGUCGCCAUGACAACCAGCAGUAAGCCCAAGCCUCAGCACCUAGAGAUACCUGCAGACCCACAAAAUAGUGUUACAAUAUAUGAAAUAUGGGGUGAAGAAGAAUACGAAUGAAUGCAUUUGUGUGUUGAAGUAGGAGAGAAAAAGUUGAGUGUUGACGAACCAUACACAAACUAUUAAAACUAUUCUGAAGAAAAAGAAAUGUCGAAUUUCAGGUUUUUUCCCCCUCUUUUGUUAAAGUUGAGAAAAUAAAUG